GUUUAGGUUUGGGUGGAAUUUUUUAUCCUUAAAUUUCAACCCGAGGCAACACACUCGCUCAUCCCGUUGAUUGCCUUCCUCCCAAUGCAUGUUACAGCUUUAAAUCUGAUCGACACAGACUUGUGCCACGUUACGCUACGGUGCAUUUUGUUCAAAAUCCGUCCGCUUUAAUUUCUCGGUAUGGGGACUAAAGAACUGUCUUCCCUAAGAGCGCUGAAGUACUUUUAGAGGAACAACGACCAAUAUACUUAGAUAUCUUCUACUGAUCACAGUUUCCCUAUAACAUAAAAACCCGGUGGAUUUGAUGAAGAAGCAUAGCUAAUUCUGCAGAAACGCCGUUUCCAUCCGUGCAAAUAGAAUAAUGGGAGAGAAAUGAGAAGGAAAACAAAAGCGAAGCGAAUUCUUGAUUACGAAAAUGAAGAAGACGAGGAAGAGGACCAAAAAUUGGAUGCCAUAUGUAAACGAAGAAGACAAAUGUAUCCUGCCAAAGAGAAAGCAGAGGAAAAUUCAUCAUCCACUGCGUGGCACAAUAAGUUCAACAUUGGGGCCUCUGACUUUGAAGGGCCCCCAUCCAGUCACUUUGCGGACAGCAGUUCCUCUCCAGAGGAAGCUGAUUACUUACAGUCCUACUCAAAGAUGGAGCUCAUUGCCAUGGUGCUGUGCAUGCAGAGGGAGAUGGAGAACUUGAAGGAACAAAUUCGGUGCCUUACAGCUUGUGGGAAGCUUGCCAGACAUCUUGAGGCCCUGAUUGAGAAGACUCAGAUGUGGGCAAAUAGGGACAGCAAGACCUCUGUCCCAGUAGUCCCCAGCAUUGCUAGUGUCCCAGUACAGAUAGAUACCACUGUCCCAGCCCUGCUGACUGCCCCAGCUGUCCUGAAUGGACAAUGGCCGAAGCAGGAGAGCCCUCCCCAGAAACCACAGGAUGCCUCACAUAGGAACCGACUCUUCACAGAGUUUAUCACCCCCGAGUUGUUGGAGAGGUGCAACACUGGCACCACGGCACAGAAGCUGACCAACGACCUGCUGCGGGGGCUUUACGAGAGGGACUGCCUGGCCUCUCACUCCAUCUCCGGGGUGGUGUACAACAAGAGAGGUCAGCCCAAGCCUGCGCUGCCCACUGAGGAGGUGCAGGCCAUUUUGAGAACUGUUCAGUAUUUCUUUCCCGGGAAGACAGAUGCAGAGAUCAAGGGCUACAUCCGGCAGAAGCUGCAAAAUGAGGCUAAGCGUCUGAGGAAGAAGCCCUGUUCAUCAGACCACCAGGACUCAGGGGUCAGGGGUCAGGGGUCAGGGGUCCCAGUCUGACUGCUCUUAGAGCAACUCAGGGGUCCCAGUCUGACUGCUCUUAGAGCAAGCAGUGUUAGCAUGAGUGUUACUGGACAGAGGCCUAGCGUUGAUUGAUAAAUGGUUUUAGUGUCCUGUGUUCCUAGGUGGUAGCCUGAAGAAAUUUUGAUGUGCCUACACUCUCCUUAAUAAAGUCACAGUCACAGUCACCUUAAGCUGUCGUUUGACUGGGCACGACUGUGAUGUUAUUGACGUCAGAGCAGUGGUCCUGUGCAGUUAAAAAGUCUUCAUUUUGCAUUCACCUUGGCCUCUGGUUGGAGAAAGCCCAGCCACCAAUAGACGUAGAGUUGAAUGUUGUGUCUGUAAAACAUUUCAUUUUUGAUAAUACUUUCUAUUUAAGAGAUUAAUAGACAUGUAAUAAAUGUACUGUUGUAAUAAAAAUAAAUAAAUGUAAUAACAAGACUGUUGUGUGAAAGCCACAUUAGAGCUCAUGACAGUCACACAUACAUUGUAUUUUCAAUGUAUUCCUAAUUUGGCAGUGUACUCUGAUGUACUCAUGAUCUCAGAACUAGCUUUAUGUUUGUAGUCCUUUUAUAAUUAAAUAAUGUCAAAAACUCAGA